AUGAUCAAUCUCCCCACGGAAGUUCUUCUCAACAUUUUCGCGUCACUUGAUUCUCUCCAAGAUUUACUGUGCCUUAGGGAAGUUUGCAGGCGGUAUCACAAUGUCAUCGAUGAAUUUCCUCAAUCAAGCGCAUAUAAAGUAGCUCGCUCUCAAUUUGCUGCUUUUGAUGACGCUCUGCUAGCCAUUCGUCUCAAAAGCAUCCCGCAUGAGUCGCUGUGUUUCUACAAUCUCGAGAGCAAAGCUUACUCCUUCACCCCUACAUCGGAGUAUCUCCAGGCAGUUUUAAACGGUGAACCCGUUCCAGAAGGAUGCCCGAGAGGCCCUCCACUGCUUUGGCACGAUGAAAUCAGGCGCGUGGUGGACCUAUACCUGCUUGGGAUCGCAUCAAUAUCCGUUGCAUCUGGCAGCAAAGCCAUGAACCAAACCUGGCGUGAGCCCCCUGGAGUUCACCUAUGGACAUACUCCGAUGCUUUCGGAGAUGCCUGGCUAGAUGCUUAUUUAAGAGGUUUCUACCGCUUGAGUGCAUUUUCCGCUCUCUUCAGUCCGAGAGUGAUUGCGCAACCAAUUCUAGACGCGGUCAAAAAGCAUGAGCCCGGAUUCAACUUCGAAGAAGUGGUUCCUGAAGCCUUCUGGCGUGAUGUUCAUAAUUUUCCGAUCCAUGCUGGAUGCGAGCAUCGAUACGAAACGACAUACAUCAUGGGCUAUCAACCUCCAUCAGUCGGUGAUCAUUAUGAUAUCUUCGCAGGCUUUUGGGAAUGGCUAUAUCGUCGGCCCAAACUACACAACGCAGGUCGCAGCUUCCAAUCACCUAGCGAAGACUCUGCCCCGCCUUCGCUGCUGGAAGAGCCGAAGCAAGAAGUUUUGUCAGUCGUACAGAUGUGUAAAGUAGCCGAAUACUUGAGCGAUCGUAGUUUUGGCAUAAAACCAUCACCUCAUCAUCAUGUCAAAGCCCUCUUCAACGAAUUCUAUGUGAAAGAGGGUGACAACCACCCACCUUUCACGAUGUACCGACCUAAGCUUCAUAUCCCACUGUGGUCACAUCCACAUGCCAUCAUCAAGCACUGGACAGAACAGAAUGUGCAUUCGAUUGUGUGGGAGCGCAUUCACAAUUUCAACACCGAUCAAGGGUUUCUUGGCGUGCGAUCAAUAUGGGAUAUUUGUAACAGCGAGCUCAGCAGCCGGUUCCGUCUAGUCUAUGACCCUGAACCUCGCGAACAUAUGAGACUAAGUGAUGCACUACUCAAUAUGCGUGGCGAGAUUUACGAUCUCGACGAUCGAGAACGCCCAUCUUUGAUAGCUUAG